UCGAACAGUACUCAAACGCUGCAAUAAUUGAAGAUAAUAGAAAAUGAGUGGAUGAAAGUCAGUUGCCGUUUCAAAAAAUCAAAGACCUUUGUUAUGAUUAUUACCCAAAAAGAAGAGUGAAUGUCUUGCGGCAUUAAGCGUCUCUCAUAUUCCUAAAGAGCGACCAAGAGGAGAUCUAGUUCCUUGACGCCAUCAAGAGUAUUAUGGCGGCAGAAGCCAUAGUUGGGGAACUUACGUCUUUUGGUGUACAAAAGCUUUGGGACCUACUAAGCCAAGAACGCGAGCUAUUUCAGGGAAUCAACGAUCAAGCAGUUACUAAGCUAAAAAGUGAUCUAAACUUGUUAAGCUCUUUUCUCAAAGAUGCAGAUGCAAAGAAGCAUACAUCUGCGGUGGUGAGAACUUGUGUUGAAGAAAUACAGGAAAUUAUUUAUGACGCGGAAGAUAUAAUUGAACCAUAUCUUCUUAAAGAAAAACUUGGAAAAGCAGGCACCAGGAAUCGUAUCAAAAGACUUGCUUUCAGUAUUCCAGAUCGAAGGCGAUAUGCACUAGAAAUUCGAGGCAUACGUACAAGGAUCGCCGAGGUUACAAGUAAUAUGCGGAGCUAUGGUGUAGAACAGAUAACUGUGCAGCUUAUUGCUGGUGGAGGGUGUAUUCCGCAGCGUCAACGUGGUAUACAAACAUUUCCAAACGACCAUGAAAGCGAUUUUGUGGGCUUGGAGGCAAACGUUAAGAAAUUGGUUGAACUUUUAGUAGAGAAAGAUGACAUUCAAAUUGUUUCUGUUACCGGGAUGGGUGGUCUUGGUAAAACAACCAUUGCUAGCCAAGUCUUUAAUCAUGAGGAUGUAAGGAAUCAGUUUGAAAGACUCGCAUGGGUGUGUGUCUCACAGGAGUUUACCCGAAUAUCUGUGUGGCAAACGAUCUUGCAGAAUCUCACAUCUAAAGAAAGGAAAGAUGAAAUACACAAGAUGAACGAAGCUGAACUCCAGGAUGAACUCUUUUCAUUGCUGGAAAAAUCCAAAUCACUAAUUGUCUUUGAUGACAUAUGGAAAAGAGAAGAUUGGGACAAAAUAAAGCCAAUUUUUCCACCCAAAAAAGGUUGGAAGGUGCUACUUACUUCUCGAAAUGAUAGUGUCGCAAUGCAUCACGCAACACAUUUCAAAUUUAAACCAGAAUUCCUAACUGAUCAAGACAGUUUGGACACUUUUCGAAAGAAAAGCAAUGCCAAGAAAAGAUGAUCCUGGUACGCAUUCAAAGGAAGGGAUUUUUUUUCUUUACAUUCUGGAAUCUGGAUUACGAGUGAUAUAUAUGUUUUGGGAUGAUCAUAAGACAAUCUUCUUAGCCCUGAAUAAUUUGAUUGUAGUAUACCAUUAGCACAUCCUAAUGAUCUGUAUAAUAUUUGUUUUAUGAUAAAACAAAGUUGGAAUUGGGUAAUCUAAUCAACCUAGAGAUAUUGGAGAAUUUCUCAACAAAGCAUAGCAGUGUGAAGGAUCUUCAACGAAUGACAAAGCUAAGGAGUCUCUCUAUCCGUAUCGAAGGCAAGGGGUGUGCUAUGGAAACUCUAUCCUCAUCUCUAAGAGAAAUGAGACACUUGGAAGAUCUGAGUAUAUGUGAUCCAGAGGUUGAUGCUCCCACGAAUGAUGAAGAAGGAUUUGUUUUGGAUUGCGUUCAUCUCAAAAACAAAAGCUGGAGUUGUGUAUAUAUAUGCCAAAGUUACCUGAUGAACAACUCUUUCCUUCUCACCUUACAACCAUAACUCUAAGAUAUUGUCGUUUGGUGGAGGAUCCGAUGGCAGUUCUAGAGAAAUUGGUUCAGUUGAAAAAGGUUAUUUUAUCUUUUGGAUCUUUCUGUGGGAGGAGAAUAGUACGCUCGGGCGGUGGGUUUCCUCAGUUGCAUGACCUUCAAAUAGAAAAGCUUGAAGAAGGCUCCAUGCCACGAUUGCAAAGUCCAACACAUCCACGAUUGCAAAGGCUACUGCGGAAGGAGGAGAGGAUUAUUACAAAGUCCAACACAUCCCUUCUGUUAAAUUCGAGGAUGAAUGAGGCUCUCAGCCAUUACGGACACAGGAAAGUGAAAUAUACAUGAAGAGCUGCAGUGAUGGUGUUCGACGAAAUGUCUAACUGAGACUUGAUCUCCUGCAUUGCACUGUUCUGGUCAGUGAACUUCUUCUCAAUAGAGAGAGAGAGGGUUUUCACGAACUCUGUCUGGUGUGACAAACUCAUAUCAUAACUAUCCAUUACUUUGUUAAUUUAGAGAGCUGUGGCAUGUCAUUCUUCAAUUUCUAUAAUUCUCUUUUUGUUUUUCUUUUAUUUGUGUGUUCCCAAGCGACUCGGCUUGACUACUACAAUCAUUAUCUCUGUUUAAAACUUUAUAACUUUGGUAGCUGCUUUGAACUUUUGAUU